ACAGCUUGACUUCCGGCUGUAGCCGAGUCUUCGUUGUUGUGCCCAUUGCUUCUUGUGUGUGUGGUUCGUCAGUGGAUCGUUUAGCAAGUGACUAGUAACGGUCUACAAGUGUUUUCUUACCCCUACAUUUGGAAAAUUCGAAAGAGACACCAUGCCACGCAAAAGGCGUAGCAGUAGUAGAAAUGACAGUGAUUCUUCUGCAUCAGAAGACUCUUCUGAUUCUGAUUCAGGGAGUCCAGAUGACAGGCACUCUCGGAAAGUUUCUGAUACCAAAAAGUCUGACAAGUCUUCACGUAGGUGUUCAUCCAAGCAAAGUCCAUCUGGUGCGAGGAAAGACAAGGAUGGUGACAGGAAUGGCAAUAGUGACAGGAGAAAGGUCAACAGAGAAAGAGAUCGCAGUGCUUCAAGCAGUGAUAAACGAAGAUCAAAAGAGCCAAGUCACAAAGAGGAAAGCAGGAUGCGUGGAUCAGACAGAUCAGGUUCUCGCAGAAAUGAAAGAGAGGACAGUUUAGAUAGGGGCAAAGGUAGAAGAGACGACAAGUCUGACAAACGGAGAAGCGAAAGAACUGAAGACUCGGACAAACAUCGAGCACAGAGAGGUGACAGGUCGGUGGAAAGACAAAGUGAUAGGAGAGAUGAUCGACAGAGAAAUGAUGGCCGCGACACGGAAGCUGGUGAGAAAAGACGAGAUGCAGGAAAGGGUUCUAGUCGCAGAGAUAAAGAUAAUUCUCGUGAUAGAGACAGUACCGAGAAAGAUGUAGAUACAAGGCGUGGUAAGAGAAUUGAGGAUAAUGCAGAAAGAGAGGUUUCCGUGGAGGAUGACAGAAGGAAAGAAAGAAGGGACAAAACUAGCGGAGACAAAAUGAGCGAUAGAAAAGACAAGGAAAAAAGUUCUUCUAGUAAAAGUAGAGAGAAGAGAGAAGAUGAGGGAGGUGCUGAGAGAUCAAACAGCAGAGAUGUGCAGAGGGAGGCUCGUGAAAAAAGUAAGAAAAAGUCGAAGAGAGAAGAAAGUGAGUCAGAGUCAGGAAGCCCAUCCAGAGAGAACAAAAGUGUCUCUAAGCGUAAAGUGAAAAAAGUUGAGAAGGAGAAAGGGGAUUCGUCAAGUAGCAGUGAGAACAGCUCAAGCUCAGAGCCAGAGUCUACCUCAGAUGAGAGGAAGACUGAGGCUUCUUUGGUGCCCUACGGCGAUGCGAAGAAGGGCCAGGUUUAUAAGAGAUCAGGUCGGGGAGUUGGAAGAGAGUCGCAGGAAGAAGACUCUGUUAGAAUUGCCAGUAAGAAAAAGGGUAGAAGCACAGAACGGCACUCUGUCGGUGCGGAGGAGGGUGAUGACCCUGAUUCUAGUUCUGAGGCCGAAGCUGUACGCAGCAGGAAGUCCAAGAAUAGCUCGAAAAGUGAGCAGGCUGAUGUUUCAGGAAGUAAAGGUCUCCCUGAUCGAAAUGUUUCUCGCAGCGAUGAUAGUAAGCGAAGGCAGGAAGCUGUGGAUUUUGAAGAGCAGGAAAAGCAUGACAGCACUCCAGAGAGAGACAGGAGUGUUAAAGAUGAUGAAGAUCUAAAGAAGGAACAAGAGGAUGAUCAAGAGAAAGAGGAAGGAGAGAUAUCGGAGGAAGAAGAGGAAGUGCUGGAGAAGCCCCUCAUUGCUAUCAGCGAGGAUAUAUCUGACAUCAGUAGCGAUGAAGAAAGCUCAUCAAAACCCCAGCGCCCAGCACCGCCAUCCCAGUUGGGCAUGGCACCUGAGAUGUCCCCGGGAUCUCCUGGCACGCCUCCCCCCGAGGAAGAGGAAAAAGCAGACAGUGUCACGAAAGAGUCACGAAAAGCUGCCAAGUCUGGCCAGGCUGGUGGUAAAGACUCGUCCAAAAAAUCUGGCCCUGGUGGAGAGAGCAGGACCAGGUCUAUGGUUCAGGUGGUGAGCAAGGCGAGCGGCAGAUCGGAAGAGAGGGGGAAGGAAGAAGAAGAGGGGGAGGUGGCAGCUCCGAGUCAACGUGAACGACCACAGCUUGAGAGCGAGAGUGAGGAGGAGGAAGAGGAAAGGCGCCACCGGCAUGGCGGGAAGAUGGGCAGUUCUGUCUCCGUGGUCCGCUCUGCUGGUCGAGACAGAGGGGCAAGUCCACCCAGGGAGAGAUAUAGUGGUGGUGGAGGAAGUGGUCGUUACGACAACCGCUGGCAAGAUAGGCACGAUCGUUUUGAGCGCAGUCGGCGAGAACGAAGCCCUCUGGAGAGAAGAAGAGAUGACAGAGACCGGAAGCGUCACAACAGAGAGGAUGAUGAAGGAAAGUCUGAACAAACGUCUCCUAAAAAGGACAAUGACAGGGUUAAAGAUGCCAAAGAAAGCAGAGCCAAGAAGCCUGAGCCAAAGCUGGUGGGCGGAAUUGACAUAACUAUGAGAACUGGUGGGGCUUACAUCCCACCUGCCAAACUGCGCAUGAUGCAGGAACAGAUCACUGACAAGACAAGUGCGGCCUAUCAGCGCAUGUCCUGGGAAGCUCUCAAGAAGAGCAUCAACGGUCUGAUCAACAAGGUAAACGUGUCCAACAUCAUCGAAAUCACCAAAGAACUCUUUCAGGAGAACAUUGUCAGAGGACGUGGUCUCCUUGCACGCUCUGUGAUCCAAGCUCAGGCUGCUUCUCCAACCUUCACCCACGUCUAUGCUGCUCUUGUAGCCAUCAUCAACACCAAGUUCCCCCAAAAUGGCGAGCUCAUGUUGAGACGUCUGAUCCUGAUGUUUAAGCGAGGCUUCCGAAGAAAUGACAAGGCUCUCUGCCUUUCCUCCACCCGAUUCAUCGCACAUCUGGUUAACCAAGUCGUGGCCCAUGAAGUGAUCGCCCUCGAGGUCCUGACCUUAUUGCUGGAGACACCGACCGAUGACUCUGUGGAAGUGUCCAUCGGGUUUCUGAAGGAAUGUGGCCAGAAGUUGACAGAGGUCACCCCAAGGGGUGUUAACUCUAUUUUUGAACGUCUUCGCAAUAUCCUUCAUGAGGGUCAGUUGGAUGUUCGCGUCCAGUACAUGGUGGAGGUCAUGUUUGCCAUCCGCAAGGACGGGUUCAAGGACCACGUGUCUGUGAUGGAGGAGCUGGACCUGGUGCAGGAGGACGAGCAGUUCACUCACCUGCUGCUGCUGGAGGACGCCACGGCCGGGGACGAGAUGCUCAAUAUUUUCAAGGAAGAUCCAAACUUUGCAGAAAAUGAAGAGAAGUACAAGGCAUUAAAGAAAGAAAUUCUGGCGGAAGGCAGCUCUGACGAAGAGUCUGGCGAAAGCUCAGGUUCCGGAUCGUCGGACAGCGAGGAUGAGGAGGAAGAAGAGAAGGAGCAACAACGGAUCAUUGACCAGACAGAGACAAACCUGGUGGCUCUGAGGCGAAUGAUCUACCUGACCGUGCAGUCAAGUUUGGACCACAAUGAAUGUGCUCAUAAGAUGCUCAAGAUGGAGUUGAAGCCAGGACAAGAGGUGGAAUUGUGCAACAUGAUCCUGGAUUGCUGUGCUCAACUCAGGACAUAUGAAAAGUUCUUCGGGUUGCUAGCUCAGAGGUUCUGCCAGAUUGACAAGAAGUACAUAGAGCCGUUCCAGCAGAUCUUCAUGGAACAAUAUGAGACAAUUCACAGACUGGAGACCAACAAAGUGAGGAACGUGUCCAAGUUCUUUGCCCACCUUCUGCACACUGAUGCCAUCUCCUGGGGGGUGCUGAGUGUUGUCAAGUUGACGGAGGACGACACAACGUCUGCUAGUCGCAUCUUUCUCAAGAUUCUCUUUCAGGAACUAUCAGAGUACAUGGGUCUGCUCAAGCUUAAUGAAAGGCUCAAGGAUGCCACUUUGUCUGUCUACUUCACCGGCAUCAUGCCAAGGGACAACCCCAAAAAUACCAGAUUUGCCAUCAAUUUCUUCACCACCAUCGGACUGGGUGGUUUGACCGAUGACCUGCGUGACCACCUCAAGGUCGUGGCCAAACAGAUCAUGCAGCAGAAGCAAGAGGCAGAGCAGGCAGAACUGGCGGCCGCAAAGUCAGCCUCUAGUGACGAAUCUUCGUCCAGCUCAGAUUCCUCUGAUUCAGAGAGUUCUUCAGCCUCUGACUCGGAAGCAGAGCCAAAGAAGAAGAGAAGACGGAAAUCUCCUGAGAAGAGUGGGAAAAAGAGCAGCAAGACCUCGGGGACAAAGAAAAGUGACGACAGAUCAAAACACAGAAGCAAGCCUGGCAACAAAUCAGAGAGUGCUCAGAGGAAACCUGACGACAGCGGAGCAAAGGUUGGCGGAAAGAGCGGAAAGAAAUCAUUGGGCCGAGACGCAGAGAUCAAUGGAGAGAAUCGCUCUGGUAGGAGGACCAUUGCUGAUCGACUGCUGGACAUGGCUCAGUAUGGACAAGCCCGCGGUGAGGAUACAUCCAACAGUGGUGGUGGUGGCCAGAGAGAUGGGGAGGAGGGCCGAAGGGGAAGACCAGGAGGAGAGGAAGACAGAGGGAAGGGAAGACAAAGAGAGGACGAGGACAGGAGAGAAAGAAGAGGAAACCAGGAGGUGUUGGAAAACAGGGACCGGAGAAGGGGACAAUCGAGAGGAGAGGAAGACAGGAAACGGGGAAGAUCAGAUAUGGAGGAGGACAGGAGGGGAGGAAGAUCGAAUGAGGAGGAUAACAGAAAGGGAGGACGAGGGACAUCAAAUGAAGAGGAAGAUAGGAGGGGAGGAAGGGGAAGAUCAAAUGAGGGGGACGAGAGAAGGAAAGGAAGGGGACGAUCUGAUGUGGAGGAAGACAGGAGGGGAGAAAGAGGAAAACGAAUGGAGGAAGACAGGAGAGGAGGAAAAGAAAGACCGGCAGCUGAAGAAGAAAGGGACAGAGGAAGAGGAAGGCGGACAGAGGAAGAUGGGAAUGGAAGAGGAGGAAGGGGAAGACAAGAUGUGCACGACAGCCGAGAGAGGAAUGGGAGCACAAGGGAGAGGGGAAGGGACAGAGACAGUAGUGGCAGAGGGAGAGAGAGAAGCUUAGAAGAAAAUGGCAGCCGCAGUUACGACAGGAGACAAGAGGGCAAUGCAGGAAGAGGUAGAGAGAGGUCCAGGGACAAUAGAAUGGAGGGGAGAGCUAAAGCCAGCGAUUACUUCAAUGAUGGUAGAAAAAGUGAAGAUAGAAGUCAUGAGAGAGGGUCAGAUGGUCUCGCCAGAGGGAGGCCGGACAGAAAGAGAGGAGCUCCUGAAGAUGACCAAUCUCGACGGACUAGUAGAGAGGACCCCAGAAGGGGAAGCAAGGAAGAGCGUAAAGGAAAGAGAAAACGGGGAAGGACAAGCGAGGAGGAAGAGGAGAGUGAGUCCAGUGUCGACAGAAGUGCGAGUCGCAAGGCGAAGCAGGCACGGGUGAACGGCUCUGCUGUGCGGCCUUCAGAAUCGCACAAAGGGGGUCGUGGUGACAAGUCAAAACACAAACAGCAGGAAAAACACUCGAAAGAAGACAGCUCUUCCGGCAGUGAUUCUGACAACUCCAGCGAGGAGUCGGAGAAGGACAGACGUAAAUCUUCCAAGGAUAAGGUGAACACAUCAAAGCAGAGAAAGAGGAAGAGUUCGGUGUCUUCAAGUAAGGGCUCAGGGUCGUCGUCGUCAUCAUCAGCCUCAUCUUCAUCGCCAUCUUCGUCGUCGUCAUCAUCCUCAGACGAAGAGGCUGAUGAGCAGGAGAAGAGAAUCAUCAAAAUGAAGAAAGGUGGUGGAGGGGGGAGGGACGCUGCUGAUCGCAGGGAACGAGGGAGGGUCGGAAGGGACAGGAGUCGAGAUAGACGUAGGUGAUCUGAGUGUCAGACAUCCAAAGGAACAUGCUUACCAAGUAUUUUACGCUGUAAAUUUUCCUGGAAAAGAAGGCAGGUUGUGAUGAUAUCAUCCAACAAAAUCAUGUCUCUGACAGGUAACGGGUUCUGGCCAUGGCAUAAUUGGGAGUUGAAAAUUUGUCAAUUUCUCCCCACUUGCGAUGUUGAUAGAGCAGCUCCUCUCUUCUCUUUGUUAAAUUGAGGAAAACCCCAGUGGUCGACAGGCAACUGAAAGGGCAUUUUACAGCACAAGUAGAAGCUGAACUGUUAGUUUGAGAUUUGCUUAUAUACUUUCUCGAUUGGUCCUUAUGGAUCGAGGUCUUGGGAUUGAUAAAAUGUAAGGCAGCGUGGUGAAAUCAAGUGCUUGUCAAAAUAAUGAAAUCCAGGCACUCGUCAAAAUAAUGGAAUCAUGGAAAACACAAUUUUACUUGACGUUGGCACUUUUUUCUUUUUUUUUUGGACCUUAUAUGAUGUCCAUUUUAAAACACAUUUCUGUGUGGAUAUAACUGAAAUUAAUUGAUCGGAGGCACACAAAAAAAAGUAAAUUUCCGGUUUCCAAAGACACUCAAAGCUUUGGAAGCCACCCACCCCCUAUAAUCACAAAUACCUCGACUUCUAUUUAAGUUAGAUGGUAUAUUUUUCGCCAAGUGCAAGACAAAUGAACAAGCUUUAUGAUACUGAACUCUAUAUGCCCAAAAAUUGACAAGUGCCUGAUUCCACCACGUCAUGACACAAAUGAAUGAUUUAUGUCUUGGGUUUUCUUAUGAUUUGAAACAAUGUUGCUGUAUCGCCAGGAUUGGCCUUUUCUAUGUUUUUUCUUCAUUUUGCCUUGGGAUUUAAAAAAAGACAAAAACUUGAUGGCUGAAUUUUACAUUUAAAGGCAUUAUUUCUUUCUCCUAAAAGAGAGAAUAAGUGGGGGGGUUAAACCAAGCUUUGCUCUCUUUUUUUUUUUUUUUGUGGAAGUAGGCUAUUCCAGUUGUAUUUUUGGUAUUCCUGCUGAAUUCUUACAGAAAGUGACACUUUGAGAAGUCUGUAGAGCAGUUUCCCCUAGAAAAGAAAGUAUUGUUUUGCUGCAUUCCAGCCACUUGGAGGGGUAGUUUACAAUAAGCCUGCAAAGACAAAACAAGCUCACAUGUGCAAGUGUUAUUCUUAAUGAACCAGUGCCUGUCCUUGUUUUGGGAAAGCACAUUUUGGUUCUACACUUUUUUGUACAUUGACAAGAAUGUAUGACUGAAGUUUUUGAGUGAUGAUGAUAAUGUUUGCACUUUCAGACUGAAUGAAAUAAAUGAUGGACAAUAGCUGGCUUCA